UACAUUAACAGUUUUGAUUUACCUAACCUAGCUUAUGUGUUUCCCAUGAUGAUUCUCAUGACUGCCACAGACGGGCAAGGUUUAGGCUAGAACAAUCUGCUCCGCUGCUCGUCGCUCUGCAGUGGUGCAAUCGCGUCUUAUCUAGUGUCAGGAGUUUCUCAAACAGUAUUGUGUGCUACUCGAUUUACCUAACCUAGCUUAUGUGUUUCCCAUGAUGAUUCUCAUGACUGCCACAGACGGGCAAGGUUUAGGCUAGAACAAUCUGCUCCGCUGCUCGUCGCUCUGCAGUGGUGCAAUCGCGUCUUAUCUAGUGUCAGGAGUUUCUCAAACAGUAUUGUGUGCUACUCGAUUUACCUAACCUAGCUUAUGUGUUUCCCAUGAUGAUUCUCAUGACUGCCACAGACGGGCAAGGUUUAGGCUAGAACAAUCUGCUCCGCUGCUCGUCGCUCUGCAGUGGUGCAAUCGCGUCUUAUCUAGUGUCAGGAGUUUCUCAAACAGUAUUGUGUGCUACUCGAUUUACCUAACCUAGCUUAUGUGUUUCCCAUGAUGAUUCUCAUGACUGCCACAGACGGGCAAGGUUUAGGCUAGAACAAUCUGCUCCGCUGCUCGUCGCUCUGCAGUGGUGCAAUCGCGUCUUAUCUAGUGUCAGGAGUUUCUCAAACAGUAUUGUGUGCUACUCGAUUUACCUAACCUAGCUUAUGUGUUUCCCAUGAUGAUUCUCAUGACUGCCACAGACGGGCAAGGUUUAGGCUAGAACAAUCUGCUCCGCUGCUCGUCGCUCUGCAGUGGUGCAAUCGCGUCUUAUCUAGUGUCAGGAGUUUCUCAAACAGUAUUGUCAGUUCAGACACUUGUGGAUUUGAACCAUUUUGAAGUAACUUAUGUACAAAAUCUACCUGAUAUUGUAAAAGAAGAUGUUCUGAAUCUUGCCCUACGCAAUGGCAAAGCUCAGAAAUGUAUUAGUAAUUUCUUGCAUCCUAACAUUAAGAACUUACACAUUAAUGAAUCAACAAUAUCAAAUGAUGAUUUGCACAAUAUUUCCCGCUGCAAGAAAAUCAGAAGUUUACAAAUGAAUCCACCAACUCAACACCAAUACAAUCACUGUAGUCUUGCUCUAAAGCAGCUGUUCACUAGCCUGCCUCAGUUAGUGAAGCUGCAUGUACAGAGGAACCAAGGUGUGACAGAUGAUGUCCUUGCUGCCCUAACCACUCACUGUCCACUGCUGCAGGAGCUCGAUGUGUCAGGCUGCCACACACUCUCCGACAGGUCAGCCGUCAGUCUCGCCACCCUCCACAACCUGCAGUCUGCCAACCUGUCUUCAACUUCGAUUGGUGAUGAAAGUCUGCUAGCCAUGGCUGAUGGAGUCUGUUCCCAGACACUAACAGAAGUGAUUUUGAACAAUUGUGUCAAUAUCACUGACAAAAGUCUUAAUGUUCUCAUCAAUAAAUGUUGCAAUCUGUCGAUUCUUGCAUGUGGAAACUGUCCUAAAGUAUCUGGAGACAAUCAUUUGGGACCAGGCUCUGAUUUGGGCAAAAACAAAAAGAAACAAGUUACAUGGACAUUUUACUUUUAGGAAAAAUAUUUUAAAUCUUGUCACUGUUUUAAAUAUUAUGACUUAUACUUAGUAUUUAAGUAUGAAAAUAAAUGUUAAUUUUGAUA